AUGAGCAAGCAGAAAUAUAAAAAGAGAUAUGAAUCUGAUUCGGACUCGGACAGCGUCGACAGUGCGGAGGAAGCUCGAAAACAAGAUAUCAAAGAAAGGGAUGAAUUCGCCACUCGCCUCAAGAAACGCGAUGAGGAACGAACCAAGAAUAUCGCCCAUCCAUCAGACAAACGAGCUCACGAGGAGGCAGCCAAAAGACUCAAAUUGGAAACCACUGACCGAGAAAAGAUCAUUCCUAUGCUCAGGGUGCAGUCAAGGAGAAAAUACUUAGAGAAACGCAAAGAUGACAAACUGCAAGAGCUAGAAGCUGAUAUAGCUGAUGAUGAAUAUCUGUUUGAAGAGGAAAUAUUGACUGAAAGAGAGAAGCGUGAAAGACAACACAAAAAAGAGCUGUUGAAGCUUGCACAUGAACAUGAGAAAGCCAGGGAGCUUGAGAAGGUGCAGAGGUACCAUAUGCCCAGAGAUUUGGGCAAAGACUCUGCUGCAGACUAUGUGGAAGUUGAUGAUUUGGAGAAAGUACCACAGGCUGAACAAAAGAAAUGGGAGAAGGAUCAGAUGGCUUCAGCUGUGUUCAAAUUUGGGGCCAAAGAUGCUGUUAAGAAGGAUGAGUAUGAGCUUCUAUUAGAGGACCAAAUUCAGUUCAUUCAGGCAUUACAGAUACCAGGCAUUAAAGAUGAGAAGAAGGAACCAGAACUGACAGAAUCGCAAAAGAAAAAGCUGAGUAUUGAAGAGACCAAGAAGAGUUUGCCUGUUUUUCCAUUCAAAGAUGAUCUUAUUCAGGCUGUGAGAGAACAUCAGAUAUUGAUCAUAGAAGGAGAAACUGGCUCUGGAAAAACAACUCAAAUUCCACAAUAUCUACAUGAAGCAGGAUUCACCAAAGAUAACAAGAAGAUCGGCUGUACGCAGCCGCGUCGUGUUGCGGCUAUGUCGGUGGCGGCCCGCGUCGCCCAAGAGAUGGGCGUGAAGUUAGGCAACGAGGUGGGAUACGCGAUUCGGUUCGAGGACUGCACGUCCGAACGCACCGUCAUCAAGUACAUGACGGACGGUACGCUGCACAGCGAGUUUUUGUCCGAGCCCGAUUUGGCAUCUUACAGCGUCAUGAUCAUCGACGAGGCCCACGAAAGGACCCUGCACACCGACAUCCUGUUCGGCCUGGUGAAGGACAUCGCCCGCUUCCGGCCCGACCUGAAGCUGCUCAUCUCCAGCGCCACGUUGGACGUGGCCAAGUUCUCGGAGUUCUUCGACGACGCGCCCAUGUUCCAGAUACCCGGCAGACGGUUCCCCGUCGACAUUUACUACACGAAGGCGCCCGAGGCGGACUAUGUGGACGCUUGCGUCGUCUCCGUUCUACAGAUCCACGUCACUCAGGCUCUCGGGGAUAUUCUCGUAUUUUUGACCGGUCAAGAUGAGAUCGAGACUUGCCAGGAGUUGUUGCAGGACCGCUUGAGGAGGCUCGGCUCGAAAGUCAAGGAGCUGCUGAUAUUGCCGGUCUACGCCAAUUUGCCGAGCGAUAUGCAGGCGAAAAUUUUUGAACCGACCCCUCCAGGCGCCAGAAAGGUCGUCUUGGCCACGAACAUAGCCGAAACUUCCUUGACCAUCGACAACAUCAUCUACGUCAUCGAUCCCGGUUUCGCCAAACAGAACCACUUCAACUCGAGGACGGGCAUGGAGAGUCUGAUGGUGGUGCCGAUUUCCAAAGCGUCGGCCAAUCAGAGAGCGGGCCGGGCGGGCCGAGUGGCAGCUGGCAAAUGUUUCAGGUUGUAUACCGCUUGGUCGUAUAAGCACGAACUCGAAGACAACACCAUCCCCGAAAUUCAACGCAUCAACUUGGGUAACGCGGUGCUGAUGCUGAAAGCACUCGGUAUUAACGAUCUGGUCCAUUUUGAUUUUCUGGAUCCGCCGCCGCACGAGACGCUCGUGUUGGCCUUGGAGCAACUCUACGCUCUGGGGGCGCUGAAUCAUCACGGGGAGUUGACGAAGUUGGGGAGACGGAUGGCGGAGUUUCCUGUGGAUCCGAUGAUGGCGAAGAUGCUGUUGGCUUCUGAGAAGUACAAAUGCGCUGAGGAGGUGGUGUCGAUUUGCGCCAUGUUGUCUGUGAACGGGGCGAUAUUUUAUCGGCCGAAAGACAAAAUCAUCCACGCAGACACGGCCAGAAAAAACUUCAAUCAUCCCGGUGGCGACCAUCUCAGUCUGCUGAACGUCUACAAUCAAUGGAGGGACUCGGAUUAUUCCACGCAAUGGUGUUACGAGAACUUCAUCCAGUAUAGGUCCAUGAAACGAGCGAGAGACGUGCGAGAGCAGAUAGUCGGGCUGAUGCAACGCGUCGAAAUCGAAAUGGUGUCGAACCCAUCGGAAACGGUCGACAUUCGCAAAGCCAUCACGGCCGGCUAUUUCUACCAUAUCGCCCGACUCUCCAAAGGCGGCAGCUACAAAACCGUCAAGCACAAUCAAACCGUCACCAUCCAUCCCAAUAGUUCGCUGUUCGAGGAGCUGCCCAGAUGGGUGUUGUACCACGAGUUGGUGUUCACGACGAAGGAGUUUAUGCGGCAGAUCGUCGAGAUCGAGAGCAAGUGGUUGUUGGAGGUGGCGCCGCAUUAUUACAAGCAGAAGGAGUUGGAGGAUUCGACAAACAAGAAGAUGCCGAAGACUGUAGGGCGAAGCACGAGGACUGAUUAA